ACACAUAUAAGGGACGGUCUGAGCAUGCCAUAAAUGUUGCGGUUCCUCUUGAACUUAUUGCAACCUACGAGUCAUCAUGCGGAAUGAGGAAAAGGCGUUCGAGCUGAGAAGUGAACGAACCCAAAAGGAGCACCAGUCUCCAGCUCCGCUACCCUGCAGUCAUGGGAACUUCUCUGCACCGCCUGGCCUGGUUUCUGUGUCUCUUUCUGUCCUCAGCAUCAAGUGUCUACGGUUCUAACAUAUGCACAUCACAAGGAGUCACCACUUGCCAGCAGUGUCUGGCUGUUCACCCUAGCUGUGCGUGGUGCUCUCAGGAGCACUUUGGGAAGGGCGGAGCCAGCGUCUCUCGCUGUGACCUAAAAGAGAACCUGCUGAAGGAAGGAUGUAGCGUCACGGCUGUGGAGUUUCCCUCCAGCACUCUGACGGUUGAGAAAGAUGCACCACUUAGCGAUAAGGCUUCGGGUACAGCUGAUGAUGUCACCCAGAUGAGGCCUCAGAAAAUCCGUAUGACACUACGACCAGGCGAUGCCAAGCGUUUCACCGUGAGCGUGAAACAGGUGGAGGAUUACCCCGUAGACCUCUACUACUUGAUGGAUCUCUCGUAUUCCAUGAAGGAUGACUUGAGUCGCCUGCUGACGUUGGGCAGCAAGCUGGCCGACACCAUGGGUCAAACCACAAGCAACUUGCGAAUGGGGUUUGGAGCCUUUGUGGACAAGACCGUUUCCCCGUACAUGUACACCGCCCCUGCAGAGGCAGUCACAAACCCCUGUGCUGAAAUUGGUGAACAAUGCCGGGGUCCGUUCGGGUUCCAGCAUGUGUUGACACUGACGGAGCAGGUGGCUCGCUUCACCGAGGAGGUGGGAAAACAGGAGGUGUCUAGAAACAGGGAUGCUCCCGAAGGUGGAUUUGAUGCCAUCAUACAAGCUGUGGUGUGCAAGGAGAAGAUCGGCUGGCGACCAGAUGCUUCACACCUCCUGGUGUUUACCACAGACGCCAAAACCCACAUUGCUCUGGACGGACGUAUAGCUGGGAUCGUCCAGCCCCAUGAUGGACAGUGUCACCUGGACAGCAGCAACAAUUACAACAAAUCUACAGUGUUGGACUAUCCCUCCUUGGCACUCAUCACAGAGAAAAUGUCUGAAAACAAUAUUAAUUUGAUUUUUGCAGUGACGGGCUAUGUGCUACCACUUUACAAGGAGUACAGUCAGCUCAUCCCAGGCACAACUGUGGGAGAGCUAUCUGCUGACUCUGGGAACGUCAUUCAGCUGAUUCAAGAGGCCUAUGCUAAAAUUCGCUCUAAAGUGGAGCUGGAGCUGUUGGGAGUCCCGGAUGAGUUGAAUCUCUCCUUCAACGCCACCUGCCUAAAAGGAGAUGUCAUUCCCGGACUCAAGUCCUGCUCCGGUCUCAAGACUGGAGACACCGUGUCUUUUAGCGUGGAAGCUCAAUUGCGCGGCUGCCCCAAGGAGAAAAGCCAGACUUUUACAAUCAAACCUCUGGGGUUAAAGGAUUCUCUGGAGGUCACCGUGGACUUUGCCUGCAGCUGCGAAUGUGAGGCGGAGGCAGAAGCCAACAGUCCGGUCUGCAGCAACGGCAACGGCACCUACGAGUGUGGCGUCUGCCAGUGUCACCCGGGUCGACUGGGCCCCCGGUGCGAGUGCUCCCUGGAGGACUACCAGCCAUCCGAUGAUGCCAACUGCAUCCCGAAAGCGGGCGGACCCAUCUGCAGUGGAAGAGGAGACUGCUUGUGCGGACAGUGUUCCUGUCAUGCAAAUGAGUUUGGCCAAGUGUGGGGAAAGUUCUGCGAAUGUGACGACUUCAACUGCUUACGCUUCAAAGGAGCUCUGUGCUCCGAUCAUGGUAAGUGCAACUGCGGCUUCUGUCAGUGCGAUUCUGGCUGGAAAGGAGAAAACUGCAAUUGCACGACGCGGACGGACACGUGCAUGUCCAGCAUCGGGCUGCUGUGCAGCGGGCGAGGUAACUGCGAGUGUGGGGUGUGUCAGUGCACUCAGCCCGGCGCUUAUGGACCUACCUGUGAAAAAUGCCCCACCUGUCCUGAUUCCUGCACGAUAAAAAAGGCGUGUGUGGAGUGUCAGCACUUCGAGAGGGGACAGUAUAUGAACGACAACAGCUGUAGCCGAAUCUGCAAAAAUGAAAUUGAAAUAGUGGAUGAACUAGCUUUCCACGAUAAAAAUGCAGUGAACUGUUCCUACAAAGACAACAAUGACUGCAUCGUGCACUUCCAGUACUACGAGGAUGAAAGUGGCAAAUCCAUCUUGUUUGUGAAAAAAAUACCAGAAUGCCCCGAGGGUCCUGACACCUUGGUGGUGCUUUCGGCCGUGGUCGGAGCCAUUCUGCUGCUGGGACUUGUGGGCCUGCUCAUCUGGAAGCUGCUCAUCACCAUCCAAGAUCGUAGAGACUUCGCCAAAUUUGAGGAGGAGCGAGCCAAAGCCAAAUGGGAUACGGGUAACAAUCCUUUGUACAGAGGAGCUACGUCCACUUUUACAAACAUUGCAUACAGAGGCAAGUAACGAUUAAAUAAAGCAAGGAGAAACUCAGGGUUCGGCGGCAGAGAUGGAGAAUGACAACACAGGAAUGAAUGAGAGGACUUUACACUGUCACGGGCCUGGCGAAGGUUGGUGAAAAGUAGCUAUCGCUGUAGACAACAAACAUACUGUAAUGAUUAUUAAAGCUGUUAAGAUGCGUUGGAGACGCUUGUCUCCUCUCAGGCCUUCUUCUUCUGCACUGGAUCGGCUUUAUAGCGUUCUCCAGGGGGUGCACAUGCACGGAGAAAGGAGUUUCUUCCAUAACAUCCAAACUGUGUGUUUACACUAAAGUGAACAGCUGCUGAGAGUUUAUUACUUAUGUGCUUAUUUGAGGAGUGUCUUCUACCACUGCUGUAGUUUUUUAAGCUUGUUUUGUCAUAUUUUUUGUAUUCAGUGGGAUUUAUUUUAAUACAAAACAUGAGUGGUGGCUUCAUAAGUGCCUUGAAAUAUUGGUUGGUUUGUAUUUUAUAAUCACACAAUAAUCUGUGUUUGUGCUUAAUGGGGUUUUUACUUGUGACUUUUAUAUGAAAGUGUUUGAUUUGUCUGAGUGAUCUGCUGAACAGCACUUUGUCCCGUUGAAAUGUCUUGAUCUUUAUUUUUGUAUAUGAGCAGAAUUCAUUUUACACCAAAUUCUGGUGUUUGACUUGUACAACUUAUUUUUUAUCUUUGUUGAUCUCUGUAUGUGAGCUCUUGGUACUAUUGUGGGGUGUAUUCUGGUUCACAGAUCUGCUCCGGUGGUCUGUGACCCCACUGAUGUCUAUCACAAUUUAAAAGAAAAAAAAAAGACUUUAUUGUGCUUGUAAAAGGUUUCAUGUAACUGACACCACCACCUUUUGUGUGUUGAUUGACCUUUCCAAAAUGUCUUUAUUGACAUCAGCCAGGUUUUUUGGAGAUUUAUAUGUCAGAACUACAGCAGUGAGCACGUUUUUAGAGCUCAUGUUGGGUAGCUGUAUUUAUUAUAGAAGUGUUUUGUUCUGCCAGGCCAAAUGUCACAAUGUGAGAAGGUGAAGGCUUGAUUUUAUUUUAUUUUUGAUUCAUGCAAACAGCAAACUGGUAAAGUAAUAAAAGUAAGAAUGUAAUUGGAAUUAUUAUACAAAGAUAAUCUGUUAUACCAAUAUAAUAUAUAAGUUUCAAGUUUCAAGCAGUCUGUGGUCUUUGGCUACAGUCUUCACAGUUAAAAGCUGCAUUAAACGUGCCCUGGAUAGCUCAGUGGGUUGAGCGGCCACUAUUUGUAGAGGCUAUAGUCCUCGUGCGGGCAGCGUAGGUUCGAGUCCCGGCUUGUCACUCUAUACUACAAUGUCUCCCCCUCUCUCUCUACCUGUUUCCUGUCUACCUACUUUCUAAAUAAAGGCCACUAGUGCCACAAAAACCUUAAAAAAAGCCACAUUAGACUGAGAAGACUUCUUGUUACAUACUUCCUGAUGCAUCAACAGUCUGAUUACCGUAUUUUCCGCACUAUAAGGCGCACCGCAUUAUAAGGCGCACUAAAUAUAUGGUAAAAUACCGUACUAUAGUGGCUGGGGUUGAGUUACGUAUCUACCUGAUGGAGCUGCGCUACAGGAAAUGCUACAAAAUCCUACUGCAAAUGCAAAAAAAAAAACAAGAAGAAAAGUACCGUAUGUCAAACUUUAUUAACAAAAUAAAAACCAGCUUUGCUCCGUCUCGUCAAAGUCUCCAUUAUGCGAGUCAGCGUCGCUGCUGUUGUCUUGAACGUCUGUGACGAUUCCUGACGUUUUUAGCGCCAUUACUUUGGCGACACUGACUACAUUACCCACAAUCCCCCUGACUACAGUAACAGAAAUUACCGUAAUGAUCAUAUAUAAGGCGCACUGCCGGUUUUUGAGAAAAUUAAAGGCUUUUAGGUGCGCCUUAUAGUGCGGAAAAUACGAUACUGUCCUCAUGAACCUCUCAUGCAAAUCAUGUUUCUAUCGCAUAUUACAACGUACCACUGCAGACAAUAUGUACAAUCAAUGUCCUUCUUACCCACGUAGCAUUUUUGAUUAUAUUCUGUUUUCCCUUUGUUGCUGUGAAUAUGUGCAUCAUUUAUUACAAGCAUAAUGAAAGCAGAACAUGUGUAUUAGCCAUUCAUGCUCGAUUCACUGUUUCAAAAAUGAUGUAUUAUUUCCACGGCAUCCCAGCAUCCUUAUUGUUGUGACCAGGAUGUGGCGAAAAGGCUAGGUGACUUCAAAGACAUCUUCUUUUUUCUUUCUAUGUAAAAUAGCUGUUCAAGGUUGUUUCCAGACAUCAAAGGUUUGUUUUAACACUUACACUGAAGUGUGUUUCUCAAUAAACAUAAUUCAGUCAA